AUGUUGGGAGGGUUUUGUGUGGUUGGGAGCUUGUUGUUUCUGCUGUUGUCAUCCUCCCCUGAUUCCCAGAAGGCUGUGUAUUGGCUUCUCCAGGUCCAUCCAGUGCUACACAUUCUUCUUCCAAUAAGCGGCAAUGACAAUGACGCUCAAUACAAAACGGGAGAUCAUCGAAGAUUAUUAGAAGGCAAUGAUGCCACUACUAACUUGGAUUUGGCGUCAUCUCUAGCUGACUCGGGUGCCAAUAUGCGCGUGUUUGGUCCUGCCUUGGAAAAGGAUGUGGACUUUUACCAAGUUAAGGAUGGACUGGCCAUGGCAUGGUUCACGCCUUCCUCACGGCGGCAAUUUCUGCAAGCCAAUGGGCACAAGUGUUGGACCGAAAGCACGGAAGAUGUCUUGAAGCAUAGUGGAAAUGCCGUGGUUCAGAGAUACGAUGAAUUGGAAGCGUCUCCUUUUUUGCAGACGGAAAUUUGGAAAUUUUGCAUGUUUGCCACAGGCAACGGCAACGUGUAUUGGGAUCGUGAACAAGUGGUGCCGCUGCUGUUGUGGCAAGACAUUUGGGAAAUGGAGGACACGAGUGAUAGUAACAAGGAUCGCAGUACAGCCCUACUCGUCAACCACAACAACCAUGCGGACAAUGCCAUUUCUGCCUCGGCGUGGGUGCAUUCCAGCUUUUUGAGGUUGGAUGGAAACAACUACGCCAAGACACUCUCCGAACACAUGCUAAGACUCUUGCUGGAGACAGAAGAUAGUGUGCUGACUUCCAAUCCUCUCUACACCUAUCGAGCUUUGGCGCAACACAUUCAAAACGAUGACAAGAUUCAACAUUUGUGGCAAACCAAUUGCCAAGUACCAUCGACACAGCAUCCAGCGGAUCAUGUCCUGGUCCAGCAACCAAAAUCAAACCAAAAUAUGAAACAAUCCGCACGAAAAAGACGAAACAGAAAUGUAAAGGAGGAAUUCAAUAUCCCUCCCGAAUUCACCAAGUUGCCAACCUUUGGGUUGCACUGCACGAUUCCAGGCGGGUACUGCUGCCAAGUGUGGAAUCCAGCGUAUGGUAACGAGACACCCGUCUUUAUGGUCAAACAUCCCUUUGGCACUACUGGUGGUCUCACCAAGACUCCAGCAAUCAUCACAGCAGAGAAGCAACAUUUCCCUUCCAACUCUGACUCCACUUGGUCCACCAUUACAUCCGUGCCGAACAAGGUCGCCGUCGUUCCGAGCAAACUGGAAACUCCCAACUUUUUUGACAUUCUCCUCCAAAACAAUUGCCUCCCCACAUCGCAGGAAUGCCGAUCCUGUUUGAAAAAGGCUACUUCCAGCGCUGGAUGCGAUGAUCAAUGUGCCGAGGACUGCCCGUGCUACUGCAAAGUCCUUUGUCAUAUUCGGCCACCACCCAAACAUGUCCAAGCGGUGUGGUAUGUUUCACCACCGCUCUACCAACAACAAACAUCGCAACCGCAACGGUUGAUUCCACGGAUCAUUCAUCAGACUUGGUAUGAACCACUCGACCAGGAAAAGUACCCCAACAUGUCUCGAUUAAUGUCAUCGUGGAAACACAGUGGUUGGCAGCACAACUUUUAUGAUGAUGCCACGGCUGCCAAAUUCUUGGAGAAGCACUUUCCCUCGCAAGUCUUGGAGGCAUACAAUGCCAUUCAGCCCGGAGCAUUCAAGGCUGAUUUGUUCCGGUAUUGUGUGCUCCUGAUUCAAGGUGGGGUCUAUGCCGACAUGGAUGUUUUGUUGGAAACGAAUUUGGAACUGGCGAUUGAUCCAGAUGUUGGAUUCAUGACACCCAUUGACGAACCUGGAAUCCGAGUGAAGCAACAAUCGUGUCUUUGGAACGGGUUUAUGGCGGUCGCACCAGGGCACCCAUUUGUCGCCAAAACCAUCGAGAUUGUAGUCAACAAUAUCCGCAAUCGAUUCACCAGUGUGGAUUAUGACGACAUGCUUUGCCCUGGGCCCAUCCUCAGCACGAGUCAUUCGUUCGAUAUUCUCUUCACAACGGGACCAUGUAUCUUGGGAACGGCCAUGAACAUGAUCUUACAACGCCAUCCUCAAACUGGAUUCGCACCUGGAGAAUUGGACAUCUGGGGAGGAAGCAAUGCAAACGAAGAAGGACAGAAGAAACAACAACGACAACGCCCACCUAUGAUUGAACCCAAUGAUCCUCGUCUGGCCAUUCCAGGUAGAUCCAUCAUCUUGAGACAAAACAAGCAAGACAUGGGGGCCCAUCGAUUUACUUUGGACGAAAAGAACCUCAUCAUGUGCUCGACCGACAUGCCAGAAUACGAUGAUCGACCAAAAAAGCCGCAUUAUGCGGAAAGUGGAAAGUUGACACCUCUCUACGGGACAACCAAAUUGUAUUCCGACACAGUUGCAGCCAACGAAGAGAUUCGAGUAGUCGUGGUGGGCAAUGCCAACAAUUUUACUCUAUAG